ACACUUGUGUUUUUUGGGGAAGAAGAAGAGCAAUUUGUUGGAAAAAUCGCAAUUUGCGAAUUACAAAAUUUGAAUCGUGUAAUCAAAACCAUUUGAUAGCCCAAUUGUAUGGCCAGACUCUGUGGUGCGACUGUUACCACUGCUGCAUGAAAAAUUCCAAUCGAAAGGCUACAGAGACAACUUCGAUGCUGGGAAUUUGAUAUGACAGCAGCAACGUCGACUGUUAUUAGCUGAGUAUUAUUGAACAGAACGCCCGCCCACGCCCACUAGCUAGCCAAAGGAGAUGUUCCGCAGUCGAAGCUGGUUUGGCGGCCCCUGGGGCGGACGACCCAAGAAUCGCCUGUCUCUGGAUCAUCUAAAGUACCUGUACAGCAUUUUGGAGAAAAACACCACCGUGUCGGAGAGCAAUCGUGGCCUGCUGGUGGAGUCGCUGCGCUGCAUUGCCGAGAUACUGAUCUGGGGGGAUCAGCAUGACUCUCUGGUGUUUGACUUCUUUCUGGAGAAGAAUAUGCUUUCGUAUUUCCUGCACAUAAUGCGCCAAAAGAGUGGCGGCUCGAGCUUUGUCUGUGUGCAGCUGCUGCAAACGCUCAACAUUCUCUUCGAGAACAUACGCAACGAGACGUCCCUGUAUUAUUUGCUGAGCAACAACCACGUAAAUUCCAUAAUGGUGCACAAGUUUGACUUCUCCGAUGAGGAUGUUAUGGGCUACUAUAUCCUCUUCCUGAAGACGCUCAGCCUGAAGCUUAACACCCACACCAUUCACUUCUUUUAUAAUGAGCACACGAAUGACUUCCUGUAUACGGAGGCUAUCAAGUUCUUCAAUCAUCCCGAGUCUAUGGUGAGGAUUGCUGUGCGCACCAUUUCCCUGAACGUCUACAAGGUGCAAAACUCCAGCAUGUUGCGUUUUAUCCGAGACAAAACGGCAGCUCCUUACUUCAGUAAUUUGGUGUGGUUCAUUGGCAAGCACAUCCUCGAGCUGGACACCUGCGUGCGCACAGAUAUAGACCACCAAUCCAACCAGAAGCUGUCCAACCUCGUGGCCGAGCAUCUGGAUCAUUUGCACUAUCUGAGCGAUAUUUUGCUGCUGGACAUCAAGGAUCUGAAUGCCGUGCUCACCGAGCAUCUGCUACACAAACUCUUUGUGCCUUUGUACAUAUUCUCACUGACGCCAGCGCCGCCACCGCCCUCCCUGGCGCUGGUCACCCAGAAUCUGGCGGCUGUGCUGAAUCGCAAUGUCGACAUUGAUAUCCAGGAGAUGCACAAUCCGCGCGUUAGUUCCAUUGUUGCCCUCUAUCUGCUGUCGCUGGUCUUCCUGGUGGUAUCGCAUGCUCCACUGGUGCACGCCCUGGCCUGGGUCAUACUCAAUGGCGAUCACGGGGUGUUCAAGGACGGAGCUGCCGAGAUUCUCAACUCGUAUGUGGAGCAUCGGGAGGUAGUGGUGCCAGGCUUUGGCGAACCCAACGAGAGCCUCGAACAAGCACUGGACACGGUCACGGGACUGUCCAGCGUUUCCAGCUAUGCCUUGAGCGAGGACAGUGGCGUGGAGUCGUCUUCUCCAGCCACGACAGAAGUGGAGACGCAAGCGGAGGUGGAUGCGGCGACAAAACUGCGCAACAUCACCGAUGAGGAGAAGGAGCGGCUGCAAAAGUCCUCAGGCUCAGGCAAGGCAGACUUUGGGGAGCUAGCUAAACCGUUUCUGGACACUGUUCUGCAUGCCUUGGAGUGCACUGAGAACGAUUAUCUGGCUCUGCUGUCCCUCUGCCUGAUCUACGCCAUGUCCCACAAUCGAGAUGGCAUCAAGAACGAGUGGUUCGAGCAGGUUCUGUCCAAGUCCACGCGCGGCUCUUUCAGCUACAAGACAGCCAUAAUUGAGCACUUGUUGAAUAUAAUCACACAGUCCAGUCAGCCUUCCUGCCGCAUACGCUUGAUCACUGUGGAGAUUGCCCUGGAGCUGCUGGUGACGUUCACCAAACCCAGUUCGGAUGAGGCGCGUUGCAUAACCACGGGCCAGCAGGAUCUUCUGUUUAGUGCCCGCAACCAGUCGAUGCUAGUUCUGCGCAACUUCUACAAGUCUGAGGAUAUAUUCCUGGACCUAUUCGAGGACGAGUACAAUGAGAUGAAGAAGGCCCAGCUGAACGUUGAGUUUCUGUGCAUGGACUCCACCAUUCUACUGCCGCCCACGGGCACGCCGCUCACUGGUAUCAAUUUCACCCGUCGCCUGCCCUGCGGGGAGGUGGAGAAGGCCCGUCGAGCGAUCCGUGUCUACUUUCUGCUCCGUCGCACAUGCCAAAAGUUCCUCAACGAGAGGGAAUCGCUGCUGCCGCUGACGAAUGUUGUUACGCUCGUGCAGGUGGACAAUACCCUCGAUCUGAACAACAGCGAUCUGAUUGCCUGCACUGUGGUGGCCAAGGAUAACAGCAAACAGAGGCGCUUCCUCGUCAUCGAUGCCCUGCAGUUGAUACUCGUGGAGCCCGAUGCUAAGCUCUUGGGCUGGGGAGUGGCCAAGUUCGUGGGUUUCCUGCAGGAUGUGGAAGUCCAGGGCGACAAGGAUGACUCACGCUGCCUGCACAUUACCGUGCAUCGCGGAGGGGUGACCCAUAACCGCACGCCGCUGCUCUCCGCCAAGUUCCUGUUCGAUGAUCACAUCCGUUGCAUGGCGGCCAAGCAGCGCCUGACCAAGGGCCGCAGCAAGGCGCGUCAGAAGAAGAUGUAUCAGAUCGCGCAGCUCAUAGAGAUUCCCGGCCAGAUGGACUCACCGGUGUAUGCUGUGGGUGGCACUACUGCGGUGCCCAGCGGCAGCAGCAGCAGCGGGAGCAGCUCACGUAGCGGUCACCAUCGCCCCAUCUUCUCCACGGCGAAUCGUGUGCCGGGAUUCGCUGCUGUCUUGAGGAGUAACAACAGUGCUGGUGUCAGUCGCACCCAGAUGGCCCAGAAUCGCUCCAUCGAGGGCAUUCGAAAUGAAAGCGCUGGACGCUCACGCCGUCGCAGUCCCAACAACAGUUCUGGGACGACUCUGCGAGCGGACCACUCAGAUCGUGACCGUUCUCCCAGUGUGAGUGUAGGCAGCCACAGCUCGUCGCAGUCGCGCGAGAACUCCCAACCGCGCAGCUCUGGCAACCGAUCCCGUGAGAGCAGCCCAAGGAUGCCCAGGCCGCGUUCUGAAGAGAUACCCAUGGAGGAUUUCCAACACUCGCGAAACAACAGCCCGCACUCGCGUGGAAAUGGUUCGCCCGCCUCCCGGUCGCAUACACCCAGCCGUGUGCUCCAGUAUGAGAUAUCUGUGCACAGUGGAUCACCCCGUGAGCCGUCCCUGGUGGCUUCGAAUGCCUUGUUGAGCCAAUUGAACAGUGUGCCACUGGCCAGGGAAGUCCUGCCAGUCCAAAGCUCCGAGGAGACCUCAUUUAUAGGCACUGAUGCGACGGAUGGUGGUCGUGGUUCGGAAGGCAGUAGGCGAAAGGGCGCCAUAGAAACGGUUUAAAUUAGUUGUAAAUUUUAGAAUUAACAUUUAGAUUGUUGCUAACAUUUUAUUAUUCCAAUUGAUUGAUAGGGUGGCACAUGCUAUAAUUAUUUUUUGAUUUCGUUAAA